AUUUACGUUACGUUCGGCCACGAAUAAGAGAUUCUCAAAUUCUGGAAAUGAAUAAUAAAAAUAUUUUAAUUAAACAAAUGUUCAUAAUUUCAAAAUAGUCGCUCGUCGAUAUUUAUUGUUUUGUAGAUACAUAUUGGGGAAGGUGUUUUCAUUAGGAAAUGGAUGAUAGCGUUGUCACAGUUGCAAAAAUUCUUGAAGCUUUCCGUAUUCAUUUGGGUAAAUUGGAUUUCAAAUGUGAAACCAAUGACAUUCAACCUUCUUCGUUCAUUUCUGGUCAUGAGCUACCAGUGAGCAACGAUGUCGUCAACUUUUUUCUGAAAGUGGGCGGUUUUGUGCUGUUGUGCGAAAAUACACAAUGCUUAAAUCCUAUGUCUUUGAGCAAAGUACUUCAUGAGUUACUUUCUUCACAUCUAUCUGCAAGUGUUUUGGCUUCAUUGUUGUAUCGUAUCUACCAAUCUCCAGACACUUGGCCUUCUUUUUCAGCCGGUUUAUUUUCACUCUUGCAUACGAUUCCAUUUGCUUCAACACCAAGUUCCUAUUUUAGUUUUCCAGAUGAUGCGUAUUCCAAUGUUUCGCUACCACCCACUGAUAAGUGGCCAAGCCAAGCUGGUUGGACAUUCCACUGCUGGAUAUACCGAAAACGUUUAACAAAUAAUAAAAUGCAUUUAUAUUGCUUUCAAACUUAUGAUCGGUUAGGAUUCUCAGCUUAUUUUAUUAACGAAGUUCUGUUUUUAUCUGUGAGUCGUAGCAAGGGGAAGGUUGAUGAGUUUCCGAUCAAUUCCUCUUUCUGUCUUCAUGAGUGGUUCAUGCUUACAAUUGUUUAUUCGUUUUUGCGGUGGGGUGGGAGUGGUAUUCUUUGCUACGUUAAUGGUACGUUGGUGUCAAAUGUGGACGUUACAUGGCAUCUAAAUACCUGUGAGAUUUUUAAGACAUGUUUAAUCGGUCAAUCCAGUAACACCACAAAUGGAGAUGGUUUUUGUGGCCAUAUGUCUAACAUUAUGGGGUUUGCGGAAGCUCUUACACCGGAACAAAUCAGUUAUAUUUACUGUUUAGGUCCAAAGUACCAAGGUCAGUUCCAUUUUGAAGCUGAUAUCUGUGAUGAGUCUUUAUCUAAUCAAACCGAAAUAAUUAGUGAUCUUAACAAGCUGUAUAACUCCCUUGUGUUUGCAUACAAUCCUCUUUCUUGUGACGGUCGGUUAUGUCUUAAUCAGGCUGUAAACUUCCACCAGUCAAAUCAAACAUCUUUGCACGCUUUAAUGAGUGAGAAUGUCUCUGCCGUAAUAAACAGUUCAGUGUCUGAUUUAUUCAUCAAACUGGGAGGCAUGCACUUAUUUUAUCCUUUAUUUAGUCGCUUAGAUUGGCCUUCUGAGAAGUCUGUUGCUUUUGAAAAUAAAUUAAAUGUUCUAGAAAUACUUGCUCUUCAUCCAUCGUUUGCCAAUCUUCAACUUUCUACACCUGAAAUCCCAACAAUUCUGGUUCGCUUUAUUUUUGGUUUAGUUCGUAUGUCAUCUACAUUGAGAAGUCAAUUUGUUGCAACUAAAGGUCUACUUAUCAUUGCUAAUGCGUUAAAUCAAUCAGAUAUGAAGCAUUUAACGAAGAGUUUACUGGAUGAAAUUACGAAUUUCACUCUGUAUUUACUAAAAAUGAUUAAAUCAACUAAUGACGAGUCGAACAUUCACAGUAAUUUAACAUCAAACGUUAAUAUUUACAUUAUACUCAUCAGACAAAUGUAUGGGUAUUUCCUAAGUAACUCAGAACUAUGGUGUAAAUCUACCCUAGAUGUUCAGGAACAGUUGUAUCAAUUUUUAGCUACUGAUUUUAUGGAAGCUGUUAGUUUAGGUUAUAUUGAACGAACUGGAACUAUAAUUCAUUGUUUAAACGCAUUAAAAUAUUAUUUGGCAUUGACAAAUCCUCGUGCACGAAGUGGUUAUGAACUUUGUACACCAGAUCAUGAAAUAAUUGGUUCAGUUGAAAAAUUGAUUAAACUUCGUACAAACUUAUUGAUUUAUCUGAAACGUUUAUUUACACGUGGUGGAAUUACGGAUGAUGAGAUGCAGCUAAUUCUAGCCUUUUUAACUACUGUCCAUGAGCCGGAAAAUAUUCACGAUGUACUUUACUUAUUGGUCAGUACUUUGAUUGAAUUUCCCAAUACAUGUGGUCCAGUAUUUGUUCGCACUAACGGAAUUCAUUGCGUUUUCAAAUUACUCACCUCUGAAGAUGAACACGUUCGAAUAUAUGCUAUCAAAUUAUUCGGAUUAUAUCUUGUCUAUGGAAAAAAAUUGGUUUAUGACAAUACAAUCGAAUGUUUCGCUUUAUAUUCUCUUUUGGAAGAACGUUUGAAUUCAACGUCUCCUCAGUUCACUUCAUUAAUAUACAAUGCAUUAUUCGAGGUAAUGACUGAAUGCGUUUCACCGAAAAUUCUUAUUAAUCCUAUUAAUAUUAAUAAAACAAUGUCAAUAAUUAAAAACCCCGCUGUGCUUAAAGUUAUUGCACAUCUUAUUGCUCAGUCAGAACAAACAAAUGAGAUUUUAUCCAUUAAAGACACUUUUAUUCAACAUUUAUUCGUAUUUUGUUCACAGAAUCCAUAUAAUAAAAAAACUAUAUUACAAUUAUCUGUUUGGCAAGACUGGUUACUUCACUUAGUACCAUUAUAUCCCAACAAUAAAACAAAUGCUAAUUUUCUUGUGAAAAUUUUACAUUUGAUACGUAUUUUAUUAAUAUACGGAAUAUGUCAUGAAUAUGGUAGUUGGCAAGUACUUGUUGAUACAUUAGCACUGAUACACUUACACAUUUGUGAAGAAAGAUCUACUUGCCUUAAAGAAAAGCAAGAAACUGCAAAACCAAAGUGUACAGUGGAUGAAAAGAAUUCCAACUUAACACAUACAAACACAUCAGUAUUAUUUUCAAAUAAAAGUUCUACUGAAUUGGACAGUUCUCUCGGUGUUGAUCUUACAGAAUAUGGAUCUUGUCAAAUUAAAGAUGAUCAGUUACCAUCCAACAAUGCAUUAAUGGAAAAUAAUAGUAAUAAUAACAGUAAUGCUGAUAAUAACAAAAACGUUGAUAACAAUGCCAAUAACAGUUGUUCAAGUUCAGUAUGUAAUUCAGAUCAGAUACUUGACCGAACUUCGUCUGAUUCAAUUUUAUCUUAUGAAAAUAUUGAAAUACCGCCUUUAUCAUUACUGAAAACAUCACCUAAUCAACCAAAUUCUCCUUCCAAUCACAAUCACAGUGUAGAGAAUAAAGUGACCACUGAAGCGAAUAAUUUGAAGAAAGAGGAUAAGUCAAUGAAAUUUCAAUUAACCAACUUUUCUUGGUCAUAUGUACAUCAUUUGUUAUUAGAUGAUUUAUUAUGUUCACUUGAAAAUAUUGUAGUUCAACGAGUGGUUCAUAGAAAACAAUCCGUGACCUCGCAUUCCUCUUUGUCUACACCAACUUAUGGAUUAAGAGAGAAUAUUUUGAAACAGCAAACAAAGAUAGGAAAAGAAUCAGUUCAGUCACCGUCUUCUAUACAAUUAAAAUCACCAACGUUACCAUCAUUUUCAUCCUCGUCUGUAUUAUCAUUAGCAUCCACAGAAUUAUCGUUAUCAUCGACGGCAAUAACAACAUCUCUGGCAAAUAAUCCUUUCAUCAGAACACCACAUUCAAAUAAUCAGGCAUCUUUGACAGAUAAUAAUCUUAUUGCGAAUAAUAAUGACGAUGACAAAAUAUUUUCUCAAAAUGAGACAAACAUGAAUGUAAUUGAUCCAAGAAAUGAAUCUAUUUUUACUACAAAUAUUUUGCAUAUUAUUUCUUAUUUAUCUGAUAUGAUUGUCGGAGCAUGUGGAGGCUUGUUACCGUUACUUGCUGCAGCGUCAAGUUCCACAAGUGAAAUCGGCAGUUUAGAGUCAUUACCUGGAAUGGAGUUGAGUGAUGGAAUAGGAUAUCUUUUGCGUUUAACCUAUUUGGCGGAUUUUUGCAUUAUGGAUAAAAAUAUUAAUAUCAAACUAAUAGAAUCUGAAAGGAAUUUACCUUCAGGAUCUAUAGUACGUCAACUUUUAAGAUUAUAUUUAACUGCAGCAGUUCGUAAUUGUCUGGAGUCACGUCUAAACAGGUUAUUACCUCCCUCAUAUAUUGUACAAACAAUGAAACAGUUAUCUUCUGGAAGUGAUAUAGUUCGUCAUUAUGGAAUUUCCAGUGAUAUAGAAAAAAAUUUAGAAAUAAAUGAAGUUUUGUUUAUCCAAUCAGAUGAUUCCAGUCAUGCUUUACAAUCAUUACAGAUUAUUACAGGAUCCACUCAAACUAUGAAUGAUAUACGUGUGGAUAGAAUAAAUCAUUAUCAUUGUUCAAAUGGCAUUGAUAUAACUUCAAAAGAAGUUCAUCGACAUCAUUUUUCUUUCCCACUUUCGAUUGAUUCCAAUGAUCCAUGUAAUAUCAUAGAAGAUUCUAUGGACAAUUUGACAAAUAAACUAUUAAAUUUAUCUAGAUUUCAGCUCGUCACAGACCUGGAAUACUAUAAAAUUCACAGAUUAGGUUUUCUAGAACAACCAUGGAAACUUCCCGAUUAUUAUACAACAUCCAGUGAUUUAUUUCGCAUCAGUGAUAUAAAACAUGAUUAUGAUAAAAAAAUAAGCCAUUUAAGUGGAACAUUUCAACAAUUACUAUACAGUAUGAAACCACAUUUUAACUAUCCCAAAAAUUAUGGAGAUGAAACUUUUCAAGAUACGGUCAUCAAUCCAGUUAAAAAUCCUGAAAUACUUUUGCAAAAUGCUGAUAUAAAGAGGCUAAAUUAUCUAAUUGCUAAAUACACAGAAACAACCAAAUCGCCUGAUUUUUUGGCUUUAGCAACAGUUUACUUUCUUUCAGUAAUGAUGGUCUCUAAAUAUCGUGAUGUUCUUGAUCCGAAUCCAAUCUGGUUACCAUAUGCUAAUGUCGAUCACGUACAUUCUCAUACUGAAUUACCUCAAACAAAUAGAUUUAAACAAGAACCUCAAGUCCAAAUGAAUACCAUCACUACUCAGAAUAAUGAGACAAUAGCAACCAAAAAUAAUAAUGAUCAUAAUAUUAAUAGUAAAGAGGCAGUUUUCGGAAUAACCCAUCGUGAUGAGAACGACAUAGAUCGUAAUUCACUAGUCAGUGAAGAAUAUGAACUUGUCGACGUACCACUUGAUAAUAACAGUAAUAAUACAACAAAAAGUGAACAGAGUAACCAAAAACAGAACGCUUUAACUGAUUUACUUGAUACCUGCCUUGGAUCAACUGGUUUAUUUUUAAAAGAUUUAUUUAUUGAAUUUAUGGAUUAUUUUAGUAAAACAUUAAUUGGUACUCAUGGACAAGAAUUAAUUCUAAGUGUUCUACCAUUCUUACAGCAUACAUCAUCUGUUGUAGAAUUAGUGAUGUUGUUGUGUUCACAAGAAUGGCAAACCUCUUUACAGAAAUAUGCAGGAUGGGCAUUUAUUGAACUCGUUAAUGAAGGACGUCUUCUAUCUCAUUCUAUACGUGAUCAUCUUUAUCGUGUAGCUGUAGAAGGUGAUGUAAUUUUAAAUCAAAUACAUAUGUCUAAUAUUCAACAGCAUACAAAAUUUGAGGAAAUCACUGCACAUAUUAUGGCUAAUCUACGAGAAGAAGAAAAACUGCACAAAAAUAUAAUUGACUCAGCUCGUUUACGUGAUGCACAGCUAUCAAAUUAUUUGAAUAAUAAAGCUAGUCGGUUAGCUCAAUUUAUAAUGUUCAAUUGGAUGAGAUUGUCACCGAUAUCAUCAUCAUUUACCGUCUCUCGAACUGUCCAUCCUCUCCUGAAGGAUUACUUCCGACUAGAUGGUUGGGAGGAUGAUAGUCGAAGACAUCGUAGACUUAUUCCUAAUCCACAUGGUACGAAUUAUUCCUCUUCUGCUUUUUACAAUGAUAAUAUGCGUCGUCGUUCUGUUUGUCAAAACCACUCUCAACAGUUGGCGGACCUCCUCAAAGAAGCUGGGAUACAACAUGCCUGUGAUUUUUCAACUAAUUCUGAAUCAACGGAUAAGAAUUCAGUACAGUAUGAACUUCCUCAUGACAAUACAUUAAUGAAUUCAACGAUGAAUGAAUCAGUGGAUAGCUCGGAAACUACAAAUCCUGUUACUUUAACUUGGUUUCAAGAAGAUUCACUUUACCCUGGUCGCCUAUGCAUUGAUUUUAAAACUACGGCGUACCUAUCAGUCCCAUGUAUUCUAGUUUCUCUUGGAGUAACUAUACAUGGUACAUUAUCCAUUUCGAAGUAUGAAUUAUAUUUUGAACAUGAUACAGAUCAUCCUAACAAUAGAUCGAUUGAUCAACGUGUUUUAGCUUAUAUUGAACAUAUUUAUAGUAGAUGGUCAUUAUCAGAAAUACGUGCAAUUUUUAAUCGUUCUUUUCUUCAUCGUAAAGUUGCGCUUGAAAUAUUUGUAACUUCUAGAGGCUCUGUACUGUUUGCAUUUACAGAUAUGAACACUGUGAAAUUGGUUGUAAAUGCUUUACCUGAAGUAGGCAUAGGUACAAGAUAUGGUCUUCCUAUAUCUAGAGCAUCGACAUUAGCUAGUCCCAGUAAAAUAUUUCAGUUAUCCGAUAUGACACAACGUUGGCAACAUCGUGAAUUGUCAAACUUUGAUUAUCUAAUGUAUUUAAACACUAUAGCUGGUCGUAGUUAUAAUGACUUGAAUCAGUAUCCAAUAUUUCCAUGGGUUAUAUCAAAUUAUACUACAAAAGAACUAGAUCUAUCUUCUCCAUCUAAUUAUCGUGAUUUAUCUAAACCAAUUGGUGCAAUUAAUCCUAAACGUAAAGCAUUUUUUGAUGAACGUUACGAAAACUGGGAAGAUGAAACUCAACCACCAUUUCAUUACGGUACACAUUAUAGUACAGCAGCAUUUGUAUUAAAUUAUUUACUCCGUGUUGAACCAUUCACUACUGUAUUUCUUAAUCUUCAGGGUGGAAAAUUCGACCACCCCGAUCGAAUAUUUUAUUCAGUUGCUAAAACAUGGGAAAAUUGUCAAAUUAAUACAUCUGAUGUAAAAGAAUUAAUUCCAGAAUUCUUCUACUUCCCUGAAAUGUUUGAAAAUUUAAAUGAUCUUGAUUUAGGCGUCACAGAUGAUGGUAUAAAUGUUGACACUGUGAUACUUCCACCAUGGGCAAAAUCACCCGAAGAAUUUGUCCGAAUCAACCGUGAGGCAUUAGAAUCUGAAUUAGUUUCAUGUCAAUUACAUAAUUGGAUUGAUCUUAUAUUUGGUUAUAAACAACGUGGACCUGAAGCCGUUCGUGCUACUAAUGUAUUUCAUUAUUUAACCUAUGAUGGAACUGUCGAUUGGGAUAAGAUUACCGAUUCUCUUUUAAUCAAAGCCAUUCAAGAUCAAAUUCAAAGUUUUGGUCAAACACCAGGUCAAUUGUUGACCAAACCUCAUCCACGAAGAAAUUCAGCUCUACAUCAUAACCCUGAAAUAUUUAAUCUACUUAAUGAAGAGUUUUGUAUGAGUUUAAAAUUUCAGUCACAUUCCCCAGUUGUAUAUUUAUUCAGUAAUACAUCAUCAAAAGUUCUACCGUUUCCUUCGGUGUUUGCUAUAACUGAAAAUAGAACUAUAGUAGUUUGUAAAUGGAAUAGUUUAGCUGCAGAUGCAGUUUAUCGAAAAGCUCGCAUCAACUCCGAAGUGUAUUCAACUGAUAUGAUAAUGAAUAAUCAAGAUCCACAAAUCCAACAUCCUAAAAUUUCAUCUAACAACACCAAUAAAAAUAAUGAAUCCUCUGUAUCGUUAACGCAUAGUUCCAAUGCUUCUUUUAUGCCCUCAUCUUCUGGUAUUACCAGUCAAUCUAUGUCAUCAUCACAUUUGAAAGAAAAUAUAUCAACAAAAUAUGGGCCAGAUCAAGUACAUGGUUUACCUUUAAAAUCAGAAAUAGUUUUACCACUUGGUCGUUGUUUAGGACAUGAUUUUGAUGAAAAUAUACGAAUCACCAGCAACCAAUUUGUUGUAACUGCUGAUAGUCGAGCUGUAAUAUUAUGCGGUUAUUACGAUAGAUCAUUUCGUAUUUAUGGAUCAAAUAAUGGCCGUUUUAUUCAAGCCGUAUUUGGGCAUAGUGAUAUUGUUACAUGCUUAGCACGUUCAGAGUGUCAUCUCAGUCAGUAUCAUUAUUUAGCUUCUGGUAGUCGAGAUUGUACCGUGAUGUUGUGGAUGUUUAGUGUACAACGUUCAUGCGUUAUCAAUAGUCAAGGUUUACCAAAACCAUUAUUUAUUCUAAAUGGUCAUGAAACAAGUAUUAAUUGUAUCAGUUUGUCAGCUGAAUUAGGAUUAGUUUUAAGUGGAUCAAUGAAUGGAACUUGUUUAUUACAUUCAACUCGUGGUGAACUAUUGCGUUGCUUACCUUCACCAUGUACAACAAUAUUAAAUCAUCAACCUUCAACAUCAUCAUCGACAGCAAUAGUAUACAAUGAUGUUACAGCACCAAUUCAGCCGAAUCUACUCACUUAUCAUCGUGAAGGUUAUCUACUUGGUCUGUUUAAUCUAUCACAAUUAUCAAUUUAUACUUUAAAUGGAAAAUUAUUACGUACUACUGAUUUAAGCAUUCUUUCAAAUAACACAAAAUGUUUAUAUCAAAUUAAUGCUGUGUUAUUUAGUAAUUGUGGUCGUUACAUUCUUAUAGCCGGUAAUGAUGGUGUUAUAUGGAUUUUAAGAAGUUAUAAUUUAUUACCAAUUCAUGCAUUUCCUAAAUGUGAUACAUCUAUUGAAUCGUUGUGCCUAAGUUAUGAUCAACGAUUUAUUUUCGCUGGUCUGAAAUCUGGUUGUCUGAUUGUGUUCUACGUUGACUUCAAUCAGUGGCAUCACGAAUUUCAACAACGUUACUUUUAAAUCAAUAAAACAGAACUAAUCUACCAAUACAUAUCAAGCGUUUUCUUUUCACACUGUUUCUAAUAUUUUGGGAUUACUGAAAUUUAAUUUCAGUAGUUAAAUAUGUAGACACGUUUAUAUUUUCGAUUGUCUUUUGUGUUGGGACCAUUUAUAAAUCAUAACUUUUGAUGUUGUUCAUGUAGUUCAGGUAUUUUUUGAAAAGUUUUUUCCUCUCUAUAUUUAUCUACCCACAUAUUUCAGUGAUCAUAUCAUACACGAAUGUGAUAAUCAAGAAACCGUUGUUAUGUUCCCUCUUGAGCACUCUCUCAUUGUAAAAAUAUUGUUUUUUUUAUGCAGUGAUGUUUAAAUGAAAAACACUAUGUGGUGGUUAUUUGCUUAUUAUAUUUGUUAUAAAUUGUACGUUUGUGUCCCUAUCAGUAUAUCACGUAAUGAUACCGCCAAUUAGAGUACAGUGAUUAAUCGACCGGACUAUUGACACGUAAACCCGUACGAGCCGUCUAGAGUCCUUAUCGGUCCUGCUUCCCGCCUAUCCCUGCAUAUUAAGUCCAGAACACCAAUCUCAGCCUCUGCGAUAUGAGUCAUGCAUUUCAGACACACGAAAAGAGAAUGUUCGGCGCUUUAACAGGAUUGGUGGGCACAGAGAUAUCUACAUAGGGGAGUUGGAAAACCCCGAUUCCAAACCAAUGCUGCAAAUGGGCUCCAGGAUCCUGAGGGAACGAAUGACAUAUGAACCAAUUGUCGGCCACGGGCUAACAUGAGACUGCAUCUCCUCACGUUGCACAACUGCUUUGUGGAUUAGACCUUCAGAUUAGAGGCUCUGAGUGUGCCCUUCCUUCGGUUGGGACACCCGGGCAGUAUCACAAACCUUGCACAUAUUAAUGAUAACUACUACUGGAAAAUUCUCUGUUGCUUCAAACCUCAUUCAGGCAAAUCUUGUUCACAAUCAUAUAAUAACAUUCGUUUUUAUUUCCUUUAUAUUACGUCACUUAUAUAUUCAGUUUUGUCACAGGCCAACAAUCGUAGUGUUUCUUGACAUCAGGGCUGUCUGCGAUUCGUUGGACAGGACUGUUCUCUGGGAUUGUUUGUUGAAGAAGGGUAUACUUCAUUAACAUCUUAAAAGCCCUAUAUACAACCACCUCUCUCCAUUGUUCCAUUCGAGUAGUGGGGUUAGGCAGGGUUGCCCAAUCUCACCAUUCCUCUUCAACUUUGCUGUCGACGACAUUCUGGAAACAGCCCUUAUGGAUGUAGAGAAUGGUAGUGUGGAUCUUUUUCCUGGAGCAAGACUUCUCGACCUUAGGUAUGAGGAUGAUAUUGUCUCACUGUGCGAUAAUGCCCAAGCCAUGCAAUCCGCACUUAAUCAGUUGGCAAUCAGUGUCCGUAGGUAUGGUAUGUACUUUACAUCUUCGAAGUGCAAAGUACUUCUACAAGAUUGGCACGACCCUGCACUCACUCUGGGUAGUGAGCGGAUAAAAUUAGUUCAGACGUUCGUGUAUCUGGGUUGCUGCGUAAGUGUUGGUGGUGGCGUGAAUGAUGAGAUCAACUCACAUACGGUGAAAGCGAGAGCAGCUUAUGCAAAUCUGGGCCAUCUUUGGCGCCUUCGUGACGUCAGUCUGGCUGUAAAAGGUCAAAUUUACAACGCGUCGGUGAGAGCAGUUCUGUUCUAUGCUUGUGAGACCUGGCCUCUCCGAGUUGAGGAUGUUAGACGACUGUCUGUGUGUGAUCAUCGUUGUCUCCGAAGGAUUGCUGAUAUCCAGUGACAAUACCACGUGAGUAAUGCAGCGGUUCGGAAUUGUGUGUUCGGGUAUAGCGACGAUAGUUUGAUUGUUGUCACUAUCUUGAAGCACCAACUUCGGUGGCUUGGAAAUGUUCUACAAAUGUCGUCCCAGAGGAUUCCACGUUGUGCAUUAUUUGCCGAUGCUUGGACCGGGGGCUUCAAUCAAGAAUGGUUAAAAUUUUAUCGUAAUAUUUUUAGCCAAAACUAGGUACAUAUAAUUCUUUGAGUUAGUGUCGGAUCUGUAUCCCACUAUUUGCGAUAUACUACGUAUGUUCGUAGUGGAUGUUUAUUUAUGAACAAAACCUUCCAUUUGAUGGCAAGAUAGUUUUGAUAUGUGGGAGAGGUAAUCUGAUUCUUUUAACAGACUGCAUCCAUAGUAUAUUUCAUCAAAAGACAGGUAUAGAAUUUAAUCAUCACAUAUUAGCCUGUAGUAUGUGUUAACUGCACCUUCGAUUUCUCAUCUUAAAUUGAUGCGUUCCGGUUACGUUAAAAAUAAGCUGAAACAGAUAACCAUAUUUUCCAUUUCGUGAAAAGAUUUCACAUUUAAAACAAAUUCAUAUUGUCAUACUUACGAUUACGAAAUUUGAAAAUCCGAAAUAUGAGAUUUGAUGUGAUUACAAUACCGAACAAAUUUUAUAGUAUUCCAAAUCAAUCAUUAAAUUAAAUAAUAUACAGAAAUCUUAUAGCUUGUCACACAAGAUUUAUAUAUAUAUCAAAGUAAAGAGAUGUCUUAGUGAUAUGGAAAGCCAAUCAGAAGUAGCCUAAUGAGGUCUGUGGAUGUCAAUCAAAAGUGUAUUUCACUGGCUAAGAAGUGGAUCGAUUUCCUGAAGACUAGAAUGGUAUAAAUGUAAAUGAGUAUUUGUGCAUGUUACUCGGUAACCUAAUACACUUACUUGUUCAACCUUGUGUUCUCGCUCACCUAGUCAGUUAAGGGGUUAGCGCGUUGUACAACGUGUAUCAGCAUCAGAUGACGAACCCCGCCCGUCACGACACUUAGUUGUGAACAGACAAAUAUAAAUCUGCAUCCCAAGAUAUGUAGACCUGUGGAAGCACAUGUAUAUCGUGAGUACACUUCGCUGUAAUAUCUGUUAAUGGUCAUUUCAGAAAAGAAAAUUGAUUCGAAAUUUUGAGGAAAUCCAACAAGCCAAACAAAUUUUAUCAGUAACUUCUAGAGUAACAUAGAUAAUAAGGGGUAUGGAUAGUGAGAGUGUUUUGCUAUUCACAUACAAUAAUGGAUGUCACUAAUCUUUGCAAUGAUAAACUAGGUUUCUUUUAAUGUUAGCAAACAAUAUGGCUGAGGUUAUCCACACCGUUCUGAAUGUUUACGGUGUUCUGUAACUAGUAUUCCCUGUCGUUUCUGAGUUUAUUUAGUCAUUGAAUGUUUCACGUUAAAGUAUAUUUCCAAUAAUGAUUUCAUUCCAAGCUGCUGAAAUUAUUCGCAACUUGUCUGCAAUGAAUAUUUCCAGUUUAGCACAGUUCAAUAGAAAACACAAAUAUAGCAAACAAUAGAUCUCAAAAGAGAAUUUCCAAUGGAAAUUACACUUAGAUCCACUGCUUAUCCAUUAAAUAUACAAGGAAAUAACUGAAAUUGUUGAAUAAAACACAUUUAGCGAACAUAGAAAACAUCACCGAUAACUUCAGCCCAAAAAUAUAACGAUAAUGCGAGGUAGAAUAAACUUCAAUACUAGUAAAUUAUCUCAACAAUUUUUUGUCAUUAGUCAUGUAACCUAAUUGAAAAUAUUCACCUUUAUUUUGAUUUUUAUUAUGGAAAACAAAGCAGAUUGAGCUUCAUUCUCUUUUUUAACAGUUUAUAAUAUGAAAUAAUAAUUAAAAACAAGCAAAAUUGAAUAAUGUAACAUUUCUAUCUAAUAUAAUACAAUUAGUCUUAUUGAAUAUCAAAAACACGAUAUAAUCAUGUAUAACAACACAUCUGUCUUUUUAUGAAUCUUUAUUCAAAGAAAAUACUAAAUGAUUUGAAAAUUACAUGUUUUCCAUUAAAUUAUAACUUUGUUGUAAUCAUUAUCAAAUUAAUAAUUGAACACAACAACAAACAAAAUAAUAUGAUUUGAAGAGUACACUGAAAUAUGCAAAAUUUCUUAAACAGAUACUUUUCUCAACAACAAAAAAGAAAAAUAUAAAAAAAAUUUUCAAGAAUAAACUAGACAAUUAUAUGCAUAUAGUAAUGUGAAAUGUUUAGAAUAGUUUUGGCAAAUAAACCGAAAGGUAAUGACCGGUCUUAAUAUCAUGAAUCUAAUUGUAUAACAAUAUUAUACACAUAGAGACAACAAUGCUUAAAUACAGAAAAAAAUUGGUGUAUAAAAGUUACCAUACUAGUUAUAUGGUAAUAAGUAGAUUUAUUGACAAUCAUUUUUUAUUUCUCAAAUAACAAUACUGUACAUAAUAAUAUAAUGAUUAUAUCAUAUGUAAUUUCAGAAGUAACAGUAAUAAUAAGAAUAAUCAUAGUAACAGCAAAUAAAUACAUAGUUAUAUUAUCCAAUUAUAUUCACUGUAAUGGAUAGAUGAAGGAGAAAAAUAACAGUUUUUCUAAUAAGUUUCUCUUGGUUCUUCUUUCUCUCAAAAUUUUGUUUGUUUAUUGAUUUUAAUUUACUUCUGCUUCGUUUUUUUCAAUAUUAAAUGCAAUAAUUCAGAGAAAAUUAAUGCUUUCAUUAAAACAACAAGAGACUAACGAAACAUAAGGGGUAAGCAAGAAAAGGAGACAGAGAGACCAUAGAGGAAGGAGAACAAACGAAUGAGUAAAAAAUUAAUUUCCACAAAUAGAUUAUAUCGGUACAAAAAAAAUGAAGAGUAAUAUAAAAAGCACCGACGAAUGAAGGAUCAUAUGUCUUUAGAUUUAAUUAAGCAACUGAUGGUAUAAAAAGAUCAUAAUGAGAUGUUAAUUUUUCGACUGAGGAUAAGCUUGUGUUUUAUUACGUAAUGGGAAAGUGGUAUUUUGAUUGCGUGCAUCAUUCGAACUGACUAAAACUGGAGUAGAUAAAGCAUUUAGUAAACGAUUCAUUGUAAUUUUAUCUAAUUUUUCAGGAUUUGAAGCUAAACUAGGAUCUUUAAGCAUAACAUGACGACGAACUUCUGAAUACAUUGCACCAUAAGGAUUACCUUUAAAAAUAGAACGUAAAUGUAUAUCAGACAUAAACAUAUUAGUUAUGAAAAAGAAUAUUUGUGGUCCGAUAAAAAAAACAUACGACUGAAAAUUAACAAUAACAGUAAUAUCCAAGAUGGAACAUUGCUAAUGAACUUUACAAGUAUGAAUGCCGAUAUGAUUGUGUCUUGUUCCGUCAAAAAAAGACAAGGAUAAAAAUAGAUUGAACACAUAGGUGUCUCCACUAUUCAUAGGUAUGGAACGAUGCUAGAAUUAUAUUUCCUAAUAGAAUGAGAUACCCUAAAGCCUAUAAUACAGGGACGUUGAAAAAAAUAGAGAUGCAAUUUAUCGAAGUCAAAUAUAUAACGACGGAUACAAAAUAAAGUCACUUCCUGAUUCAUAAUAAGUAGUUUAAGUGGAUGACAACAGUAAUCGUUAUAUUCAAACAGCAUAAUAAAGACGUUUUAUCGUUUCAUUAGCAACCUUAUUCCUGAAGAAGAUGAGAUAUGGUGAGUGUGAAGUGAAAAAUCUUAAAUUACUGAGUAACCGUUAAUUUUAUCACUUAGUAACUACUUAGUUACGCCUUUUACCCCUCUUAGAGGAGCAUAGACCACCCAUCAGGAUUCGCCAUCGAAUUCUGUCUUAGUCAAUCCUUUCCAGUUGUUUCCAGCCGUUAUUAAUUGUUUUGAUGUCUGCCCCCAAAUGCCCAAGUACGGCCAAGGGCAACGAGAAUUCGCUCUCCUUCUCCAAAUGCUCACACAUGGCCACCCGUAUACAGCCACUGACAGGGAAGUCCUACUGACUAACUUCUCGCGGCGAUGGUGUUGUUUACGAAAUUCAGAGGACAAAAAGCAAAUGUUCGGCGCUUUAACAGGGUUGAUGGGCACAGAGCAUCCACAUGGGGGAGAUGGAAAACCCUGAUUCCAAACCAAUGCUGCACAUUAGCUCCAGUAUCCUGAAGGAACGAAUGGUGUAUGAACCGAUUGUCGGUCACCGGCUACCAUGGGACUGCAUCUCCUCACGUUGCACCACUACCUUCUGGAUCAGACCCUUAAGUUAAAAGCUCCGAGUGUGGACCACUAAGAAAACCACCCGCGUCGGUCUAAACACCCUGGCAGUAUCGCAGCCCAGAUAUAAAUCAAGUGAAUUGUGUGACGUAUAUGUAUUCCCGUUCUACCAAUAUUUCUGUUCAAAUAAUAAUAUGUCUGCUUCCAA